UGAUGCGGAACAACAAGUCUGAACAAACUCUGCUGCUCCACUUCCGAAUGUUUGAAACACCUCCACCAUCAGACCAGCGCCUCCUCCUGCUUCUGCUGCAGCGCUCGUGAGGAGACACCGACCCGCCGCUCCACCGGACCGAUGACGGACAACGAGCGCGCGGCCAGAACCCUCAAACACGUCCUGCAGAAGCCGGGGAACGGCAGCUGCGCGGACUGCGGCGUGGACAAUCCAGAAUGGGGCUCCUGUUCUUUAGGAGUCUUCAUCUGUCUGUGCUGCUCCGGGGUCCAUCGCAGUAUUCCCAGCCUCGGAAAAGUCAAAUCGCUCCGACUCUCACGCUGGGAGGAUUCAGAAGUUCAGUUCAUGUCUGAGCGCGGGAAUGACGCCAUGAACGCCGUGCAUGAGGCUGCACUUCCUGUUUACUACUACAAACCCACACACAGAGACUGCCAGGUGUUGAAGGAGCAGUGGAUUCGGGCGAAGUACGAGAGGCAGGAGUUCAUGGACAACAGCAAGAAGCUGAUCUAUGAGGACGAGACCAGAGAUGGCAUGUUAAUGAAGAGGGGGCGGGACAACGGACAGUUCCUCAGCAGACGAUUCGUCCUGUCGCAGAGGGAAGGCACACUAAAGUACUACACUAAACUAGAUGCUAAGGAACCAAAAGCUGUUAUAAAGGUGGACACCAUCAAUGCCUGCUUCCAGCCGGACAAGAUUGGAAACCCCAACGGCCUGCAGAUCACCUACCUGAAAGACAACGUCACACGAAACAUCUUUGUCUAUCAUGACAGCAGCAGGGAGAUCGUGGAGUGGUUUAACUCCAUCCGGGCGGCACAGCUGCACUAUCUGAAGGUGGCGUUCCCUGGAGCCACGGAUGCUGAGCUGAAGCCCAAACUGACACGCAGCUUUCUGAAAGAGGGAUACAUGGAGAAAACGGGCCCGCGGCAAACCGAAGGCUUUAAGAAGCGCUGGUUCACGCUGGAUCACAGACGGCUCAUGUACUUCAAAGAUCCUCUGGAUGCGUUCGCAAAAGGCGAGGUGUUCCUGGGGCACCGAGACCACGGAUACCGCGUUACGAUCGGGCUGCCCGCGGGAACCCACUACACCGGGACGUGGCAGUACGCCAUCACCAUAGAAACACCUGACCGCAGCUUCCUGUUCACUUGUGAAACGGAUACGGAGCAAAAGGAUUGGAUGAGCCAUUUUAAUGCGAUCAUCAGCACUCCCAUGAGCCCGCAGGAAUACACAGUGGAGGCCUACUUCAAACACAAACACUGAUGGACCCUCACCGUGACCUUUGACCUUUCACCUGUGACCUCUGCAGCUGACCCGCCACGGAUCUCACAGCAUGUGCCUCGGAUGUUUGUGUUUUUAAGUUGUUUUACACUAAGUAUUUGUUUGUAUACGUUACUAUGAUUGUUUAUCAUUACUUCAUGAAACUGAGUAUUUUGUCCCCAUAACAUAUUAUAUAACGUUAUAUUUGCAUGUCUGUGUUUUUGAUGAACAGUUUGUGACCAAACCUUAUUUUUUCAAUCUGAUUUUAAAGGAUUAAAGGCUCCAUCUAGUGGUGAAAUUGAGUUUUUUUUUUAAUUUCACUACUGAUUGUUCACAUGAACAUUCAUUAAAAUGAUUUUCAACUCUUUUUAAAGUGAAAGUGAACUUUCUAGUUCUGAGCCUCAUUUUAUUUACAUAUUAAAGGGACAGUUCAGCCAAAUAUUAUAAUUUAGUCACCCUAAUGUUGUUGCAAACCUGUAUAACUUCCUUUUUUUUUAUGGACCACAAAAGGAGAUGUUUAGCAGAAUGUUCACACUGCUCUUUUCCAUACAAUAAGAGGUUAAAGUGACCACAUUUAGCCUAAAAAAAGACCAAAAACCUUAUAAGUGUCAUAAAACUAUCCAUCAUAAGUGUCUUGUGAAAGUAAGUUUAUUUAAUCACAUUUUGUCAUGUUGCAAAUCUUUUU